AUGUGCCAGCCUUCCAGUGACCUUGGCUGCGCCCACCUCCACCUGCCCAGGGGAUUAGUGUCCAGGUUACGCAGGCGGGAGCGAGAGCCCGUGGCCUUGCCGCCCCCACUACCCGGGGCCUAUAAGGAGCUAACACUGCUGCUGCUGCUGCUACUGCUGGAGGGAGCGGGAGCCGGCCCCCUCCGCCCCCUGUGCAGACCCCCUGCCAGCUGGCCUGAGGCGCACGCCCUGUGCCACCUUCACCACCACCACUUGCGGCACGCCCCAGCAUGGGAGGUGCGGGUCCUGCCAGCAGCUCUGCCCCCUGGCCCUCAGCUGGUCUGCACCUACAGAGAGCUGAGCUUCUCCUCCAUCCGCCUGCCUGGCUGCCCCCCCGGCGUGGACCCCAUCUUCUCCUUCCCCGUGGCCCUGAGCUGCAGCUGUGGAUCCUGCCGCCUGAGCCACUCCGACUGUGGGGGCCCAAGGGCCCGACCCCACCUUUGCACCCGGCCCCAUCUCAGCCUCCGCCUCCUCUAG